AUGGGGCCGCGGCACCUGCUGCUGCCGCUGCUCCUGCUCUCCCUGCAGCUCCUGGCCCUGCUGCUGGCCGCGCAGGCGGCCGGCCCCCCCCGCGCCAAGGGCAACCGGACCCAGGGGGCGGCGGCGCCGCGGCGGACCCCCAAGCCGGGCAAGGAGCUCCUCAACCAGACGCUGGCGGGCCCGGGGGCGGCGGCCCCCACGGCGCUGCCCGGGCGCGGCAAGGGCGCGGGCGGCGGCAGGACGCCCCGCGGCGGGGGCGGCGGCGGGGGCUCGGCCCCGGCGCACGAGACGUGCUGGGGGUACUACGACGUGAGCGGGCAGUGGGACAAGGAGUUCGAGUGCAACAACAGCCUCACGGGCUUCCGCUACUGCUGCGGCACCUGCUUCUACCGCUUCUGCUGCAACAAGCGCGCCGAGAAGCUCAACCAGAGCCUGUGCCGCAACUACAAGAGCCCCGAGUGGGCCCACCCCACCACCGCCAGCGGCGCGCUGCCCGCCGACGGCAGCAACGGCGCCGACGGGGACGCCAACAAGUACGACCCGGACAAGGACAGCACCAACGCCACCGUCUACAUCUCGUGUGGGGCCAUCGCCUUCGUGCUCAUCGCCGGCGUCUUCGCCAAGGUGGCCUACGACAAGGCACGGCGCCCGCCCCGGGAGAUGAACAUACACAGGGCUCUGGCUGACAUCUUAAGGCAGCAGGGACCAAUCCCAAUAGCACACUGUGAAAGAGAGACUAUCUCGGCCAUAGAUACCUCCCCCAAAGAAAACACCCCAGUCAGGACAUCUUCCAAAAACCAUUACACCCCUGUGCGCACCUCCAAAAGUAACCCAGGUCACUAUGGAAAGGAUAUUUAUCGAAGUGGAGGGCCAGAUCUCCAUAAUUUCAUCUCCUCCGGGUUUGUCACAUUAGGAAGAGGACACACGAAGGAUGACCAAGAACAAAAUUAUAAUCACCUGAUACUAAACAGUGCCACCCAGACACCUACACAUGACAAGCCGCGAAUGAACAACAUCCUUACUUCUGCAACCGAACCCUAUGAUCUGUCCUUCUCCCGGUCCUUCCAGAACCUCUCUCACCUCCCACCAUCCUAUGAGUCUGCUGUCAAGACAAACCCAAGUAAAUAUUCUUCUCUGAAGAGACUAACUGACAAAGAGGCUGAUGAAUACUACAUGAGGAGGAGACACCUGCCCGACCUGGCAGCCCGGGGCACACUCCCUAUCAACGUCAUCAAAAUGUCUCAACAGACCAACCACAGGGACAGGCCCCGCCGUCCCAUCAGGGCCAUGUCCCAGGACAGAGUGCUGUCUCCUGAGAGGAUCAUGCCCGAGGAAUUUAGCCUGUCCUAUGAACGGAUCCUCUCAGAUGAGCAGCUUCUGUCCGCAGAGCGCCUCCACUCCCAAGACCCCCUGCUCUCCCCGGAGCGGUCGGGGUACCCCGAGCAGUCUAUGUCACGGGCAUUGUCACACACAGACGUCUUCGUAUCAACACCCGUCUUGGAUCGCUACAGGAUGACAAAAAUGCACUCCCAUCCUAGUGCCUCAAAUAACUUGUACAAUACCUUAGGUAUGAACCCAACCUCCGCCAAGCGCCAAGCAUUUGCCUCCCGACGGCACAACACGGUAGAACAACUGCAUUAUAUUCCAGGACACCACCAUCACUACCGCACAGCGAGCAAAACAGAGGUGACUGUUUGA